AAGAAACCGUCGAGAGGGCGUUCUGCUUAUAAAACGGGUAGGCUUCGGUCCACCACAGGUUUCCCCUCCUCCCCUGCACCUCGACUCGAGGCGGCGACGGCCUGCACGGCCUGCACGCGGCCUGCGCUUCCCCUUUCCGGUGAAUUGUGGUUUAAUAAGCAAAAGAAAAGGGAAGGGUCUUCUCUGGACUUGGAAUUUGGACGACGAGAUGCACUUCCUUGCAUCAUUUCACGUCCCAACAGGUUUAGUGUUAUCUGAUUUUUUGGGAUGGAUGCAAAGAAGUUCCUGCAGCUGGUUGAAGAGAAGAAAAAGAGGAUCCUGGAGAAGAAAGAAGCCCCACUGAAAUGGGAGCAGAAGCUUGAAGCAGCAGCUAAGGCAAAGGCUGAUGCAGAAGCCAAGGCGAAGAAGCUUAAGUCAAGAAAGCAGAGGAAGAGAGGAGAAUCUUCCUCAGACUCUGAUAGUGACUCUGACAGUGACGUUGAUCGGAAACUCAGGAAGAGGAAGGACCGCAGAAGGAACAAGAAACAUGGUCACUCUGAUUCUGAUGAUGCAAGAAGGCGCAAGCGAAGGUCCAAAAGGAGUUCAGACUCAAGUGAUGAGAGCGACAGUGAAUACGAGAGUGGGUCUGAAGAUGAACGUAGAAGGAAGAAGCACUCACAUAGAAGAAGGCACCAUAGGCAUUCAUCAAGGUCAGAUUCUGAAGACUAUAGCAGUGAUGAGGAGGAGCGGAGGUCGACCAAGAAGGACCACUCUAGACGCCACCACAGACACCGUCAUCGAUCAUCAGAUGAUGACUCUGAUUCUGAGGGCAAGGUCAGGUCGAGACACAGGAAGCGUCUGAGAUCUAGUGAUGAAGACGCACCAUCAGAUUCCAACCAUAAGCGCUACAAGAGCUGCUCCUUGGAUGAGUCACCCAAUGACAGAGCUGCUGAUGGAUCAGAGAAGAUGAGGAAUGGCAAAAGGUCUCACAAGAAUGGCCACCACCAUCACUGGCACCACCGGCACCAUCAUGAACGCUGUAGUAGUUCUGCAGAACCAGACAAGAGGCUACAACUGAAAGACGACCAGAAAGCCCUUGAAGGUGAUAGCUCAGACUGAAGUCCAGAGGACGGGAAGAUCGAAUUUUCAUGAGUGAUGUUGCCACUUAGGUUAUCUGUGUGGACUCAACUUUGUUGUACUGAUAACAUUUGUUUGAUUUGGCAAUUAAAUCCUAGAAGAUACUUUCAUCAUUUCAGUUUA